GAAAAAGCAAAAAUUUACCAAAAAGACAAAAUCAAUCUAGCCAAAAAUUGGAUUCAACCAAUUCAUAAUUAUUCAUUUGUGUUUUUUUUUCCAUUUGUUUAACCCGUGCAAUAAUUUGCCUAAGCGCGCUCUGUAUCCGUGUCCGCCUUUUCUCGUGCAAUAAGUAUUCGUAUCCAGCUCUUUUAUCUAUCCGUUGUCCUCCAUAACAACAACAAAAACCAGAACUCGCUGAGGUGCUGCUGAUUGGUGUGGAAGAGCAACAACAAUAUCACCAUAGAAGAGAAAAAAAAAACAAACUAAUUUCAAAGCCAAACGUUAUCACAGUAAAAGGAAAGCAGCAAACAGCAGAAACUAUCCAACAAGAAGGAACAGUCCAAGCUGAAGAAGAACUACCAGAAUCAGAAAAUAGCUCAUCUUAUUUCAUCAUCCUGAGGAAGAUAGAAGCGUCUGCUAACGAUUUUGGAAUAAAUAUAUAUAUCUAAUAUAUAUAUAGUGUAAAAAGAAAGUCAACCAAGAAGUAGAAGUCAACACGACGAAUCGAGGAAAAGCGAGAGAAACACACGAGCAGACGAGAAUUACAAAAUAAUCUACAAACAUAUACAUAUACAAAUAUAUAUAUACAGCAUAAAUUAACCAAAAUUAGAGAUCUUUCGGUACCCACCACCCGCAAAUAAAGAAGGAAAACAAGAGGCAAAAGCCAUUUGUGAAAGAGGCAGCGAGAGAGAAAGAGAAGAGUGUGUGUGUGGAACGUCGUCGUCCUAUUGGAUUAAUAAUAAUUAAUCCAACCACAUCCAAAUUUUUCGCCGGUGUGCACCCAAAAGGUACAAGAACAGCCUCAAAAUUCUGCCAUUCGGAGCCAACUUUCGUCUGGAGACGACACCGGCAGAGAUGCAUAAGAUCACAGCUGCCCCAGUGGCGGCCCCAGCGCCAGCUGGUGCCCUCGAGGCAUCAAUGGCUGGUCCCAAAUAUGGCACAUUGAUACCAAAUCGCAUAUUUGUGGGCGGCAUUAGCGGCGAUACCACCGAGGCCGACUUAACGCGCGUCUUCAGCGCUUAUGGCACAGUGAAGAGCACUAAAAUCAUUGUGGAUCGUGCUGGGGUUAGCAAGGGAUAUGGUUUCGUUACCUUCGAAACCGAACAGGAGGCUCAAAGACUGCAAGCAGAUGGCGAGUGUGUUGUCCUACGUGAUCGCAAAUUGAACAUUGCGCCGGCCAUCAAGAAGCAGCCAAAUCCAUUGCAAUCGAUUGUGGCCACCAAUGGAGCUGUCUAUUAUACCACCACGCCACCGGCACCCAUUAGUAAUAUACCUAUGGAUCAGUUUGCGGCUGCAGUUUAUCCGCCAGUUACUGACUUUACAGCCGCUGGUGUACCAGCCAUCUACCCACCUUCAGCCAUGCAAUAUCAGCCAUUCUAUCAGUACUACAGUGUGCCAAUGAAUGUUCCCACCAUUUGGCCUCAGAAUUAUCAAGAUAUGUAAAACUCAAGCUACAAUCCACUUUCAAAUCCACUCACAGCAACAGUAGCAAGAAACCAACUGAAACAACCAAAAAAAAAGCAGCAAAAUGAAUAAAGCAAAAUGAAUAAAAAAAAAUGGAAAACAACAAAAAACAAAAAAUGGGAGAAAAAGAGCGCAACUAACUAGGACACUUACACAUGAACUGUGUGUGGGGGGGAUAUACUUGAAUAUUUGUGGCAUCAUCGGUGACGUUAAAUGAAUCCAAUGGAAAAUGCAAAUCUUCAACAAGCAGAAACUUCAAUUAAACGGAAAACGGGAAUAUAGUCAAAAAAAAAGAACCAUACUAAUUUGCUGGCAUAUCCUCUACGUAUGCAGAAGGAAUGAAAGCACACACAACACAUAGCUCACACACACACACGUAUAUACACUCACACUACCUCCUAGAUGUAACUACAGAAUACGCAAACAACGAUAAAGAUGUCAUGCCAUGAAGAUUA